AUGAGCAAAGAAGUGUGUAGAAUAUGCAAGAAAAAAGCGAUAGGAACUGAGGAAAGCUGGGUUCAAUGCGACAGUUGUGAUAGUUGGUACCACUUUCACUGCGCAGGUGUCGGCUACGACGUCGAGGAUACGGACUGGAGUUGUGACCUGUGUCUUGCUGGAGGUAGCUCCGAAAACCCACCUGGAAGGAUGAUGCGAUCACCGCCUCAAAAUCAUUUCGACAUCUCCAACUCAUUAUCCGUAAACCAAAAUAAGCCACAGCUGGACGCGCUCAUCGAAAUGGAUAAACCCAGCGGCGGACAGAUUAUACCCGACGAUAAUUCUAACGUCAACAAAAGCAAGCUAAUGCUCGACAUGUUGGAAGAAAAGAAAGCUUCCGAACAGAGAUUUAUUGAGGAGAAGUAUAAAAUUUUACUACAAAUGAGUAUGCAAGACGGAUCGACAGACGGGCUAUUUCAGGCGAUUCCCGCAUCACCGUCCAGUUCCCAAAUCGCCGCAAGACAAGCUAUACCCAAGGAGCUUCCUUCGUUCAGCGGGGAUCCUGAGGAGUGGCCAAUGUUUAUCAGUACAUUUGAGCACAGCACUUCCGCAGCAGGAUUCUCCAAUGUUGAAAACAUGCUCCGUCUACAAAAGUGCCUAAAAGGUAGGGCUCGCGAAAUGGUGAAGGAUAAGCUUCUACUUCCUAGCCUAGUUCCGGAAGUAAUGAGCACGCUGAAAAUGUUCUUCGGCAGACCCGAGCACAUCCUGGAGAGGAUGAUCGACAAGGUGAGGAAGCUACCGCCACCCAAAGAAAAAUUGGAAUCCAUAAUAGAGUACGCGCUCGCAGUACGCAACAUUUGCGCCACGAUCGAAGCUUGCAGCCUACAAGCGCACUUAAACAACCCAAUGUUAGUGAAGGAGCUUGUAGACAAACUUCCAAGUAACCACAAACUAAACUGGGCGAUGCACCCCCGCGACGAAUCGGUCCCUCCCAUAAAAGCUUUCAGCGACUGGCUCUACAAAUUAGCGCAGGCAGCGUCGACUGUCGUGACACCAUUUUCUCACAGGACUAGUUCUGUGAAUACCCAUAAUAGCUGCGCAGCCAGUUCGAGCCAGGGAUCUACAGUCCAGCAACAGCCUAAUCGAAAGUGCAUUGCAUGCGAGUCCACAAAUCAUUGGGUAACACAAUGCGAACAAUUUAAAACUAGCGCGGUAGAACAGAGAUGGCAAGUCGCUAAAGCCGGAAAGGCCUGCUUUCGAUGCUUGAAAGUUCACCGAAAUAAUUGUCGACCAAAGGAGUGCGGAGUAAAUGGUUGUACAAGAAAACAUCACCCUCUACUCCACUCGGAAAGUGUUCCCAAUACAACCAACGAAGUGGGAAAUCAAAGACAUGUAAGCACACACCAUGGCGACGUAGAAGGAAACCAGUUCUUCCGAAUCGUUCCCGUAACUCUACAUUACGCUGACAAAAAAAUCGAAAUUUUCGCCUUUCUGGAUGAAGGAUCAUCUGUUACCCUAAUCGACUCAUCAAUUUUUGACAAGCUCGAUAUAAAAGGUACACCGUCACCGAUUUGUUUACAGUGGACUGGAGAAACAACCCGGUUCGAAAAUACAUCCGUGCAAGCAUCAAUCCAAAUCUCAGGCGUUAGCUCCGAAACACGUUACUGGCUCAACAACGUUCAUACUGUCAAAAACAUUGCACUGCCAAAGCAAACAGUUGAUAUGGAUGAGUUGCGCAGUAAGUACAGCUAUCUAAAGGACCUGCCAUUAGAGACCUACUCCGCGCAGCCAAUGUUAUUAAUUGGAACAAACAAUUGGAAAAUAGCCGUUCCUCGCAGGAUCCGCGAAGGUAAAUGGAACGAUCCAAUAGCGUCAAAGUGCAUGUUAGGAUGGACCAUCCAGGGAUCGGCAAACUCAAAUCGUCACGUAUCUAUGCACCACUGCGAUUGCAACUGGCAAAAGCUUCACGAAGAAGUAAAGGAGCACUUCAACCUCGAGUCAAUCUCGCCUAAAAAACUCUUUUCAAGCGAGGACAAACGAGCAGUCGAAAUCCUAGAUCAGACUUGCCAAAACAAGUGUGGAAAAUACGAAGUUGGGCUUCUUUGGCGGAAUAAUAUUCAAAGACUUCCCGAGAGUCGCAUUACCGCUCUAAAGCGCCUACAAUGCAUGAGAACCAGAAUUCUGAGGGAACCGGACCUGUUUACGAAAAUCGACGACCAAAUCAAAAAUCUUCUUACCAAAGGAUACGCCAAGCAACUGUCUGACGAGGAGGCGGAGAAAGAAGAAACUCGCACCUGGUACUUACCAAUAUUUAUAGCCCUAAAUUCGAAUAAGCCAGGAAAAAUAAGGCUGGUCUGGGAUGCGGCAGCAAAAACAAAUGGGAUAUGCCUCAACGACCUUCUGUUAAGCGGACCGGACUGCUUAAACCCACUUAUCGACGUUCUUCUAGCCUUCAGAGUCGGAAAAGUCGCCGUAAGUGGCGACAUCGCCGAAAUGUUCCACAGGAUCAACAUUCGGCAAGAAGACAUGCAUUCCCAGCGCUUUCUUUGGUAUGAUACCAACCAAAAUAAGAUAAACACUUACGUCAUGCGUGCAAUGACUUUUGGUAUUAGUUGCGCACCAUUCAUAGCCCACUACGUGCGCGACAAAAAUGCCUUAGUCCACCAGCAGCAAUUCCCAUUAGCCUUGGAUGCGAUUCAGCGUGCGCACUAUGUCGACGACUUCAUCGACAGUAUGAGUGAUGAACAGAAAGCCAUCGAAAUAUCCAGCCAAGUAAGAGAGGUCCACUCCAGAGGCGGAUUCGAAAUUCGAAACUGGGCGUCAAAUUCCAGUACAGUUCUCUCGUAUCUUAAGAACGAUGGAGACGCCAAAAAACAGGAGCCAGUGCAGUUCGGCGCUACAGAAAAGGUUUUGGGUAUGUACUGGGACCCACAUAAAGACGUAUUUAAGUUUAUUUGCAGAUUCUCAAGACUUAAGCGAGACGUCCUUACCGAUCCUGCAGUCCCAACGAAAAGAGAAGUCCUUCAGGUUCUCAUGUCGAUCUUCGACCCUUUGGGCCUGCUGUCAUGUCAUACGAUCGGAUUAAAAAUCCUUCUGCAGAAAAUCUGGCGCGCAAAUAUCAGCUGGGACCAAGAGCUGCCAGAAUCACUGUCGGAGGACUGGAAUCAAUGGAAGCUGCUACUGCCUCAAGUGGCAACAAUUAACAUUCCGAGAUGCUACUCCCCAAGGAUAUCUGCAGAAACCCGAAUCGACCUGCACACGUUCGUGGACGCUAGCGAGCAUGCUUAUUCCGCUGCUUGCUACCUCCGAGUGUCACAAAAAGACGAGGUGGACGUACUGCUAGUGGCCGCGAAAAGCAAAGUGGCGCCACUAAAGCCAUUAUCUAUUCCGCGCAUGGAACUCCAAGCCGCCGUGAUGGGCUCACGCUUAGCAAACAAAAUCGUCAACGUACGUAAUCUUCGAGUCGACGAUCUUACGUUCUGGUCGGAUUCACGAACCGUUCUACAAUGGCUGGUGAUGGACCCUCGCAACUUUCAACAAUUUGUGAUGCACAGAAUCGGCGAAGUCCUGGAGACCACUCGAGUGGAUCAAUGGCGAUGGAUCCCAUCAAAGCUCAACGUCGCAGACGGGGCAACGAAGGUCAUCAAAAAUCCUUGCGUGGACACAUGGCUUUACGGACCCGAGUUUCUGAAAACGGAACCCAGUAACUGGCCAACAGUUCCGUCACGGGCAACGGAGAUCGAUACGACCGAACUCCGCAGACAUGUCUUUAUAACCCGUGCGAAUAAAGUCUUACUCGACGUGGAAUAUCUCUCGGAUUGGCGGCGCCUGUACAGAGCCGUCGCAAACAUGUCCCUAUAUAUCCGGCGACUACAAGCUAAAUGCCAAAGGACGGACAUGCCGACAGCAGUGACCGAAUUUGACGUCAAAGAAGCACAGACCCUUCUAUACAAGGAAGCACAGAGGCUGGAGUUCGCGGACGAAAUCCAUUCAUUAAGUUGUAAAAAGACAAUAAGCGCAAAAAGCAGAUUGACUGGCUUAAACGCAUAUCUGGACGACAACGGAAUACUUCGCACUAAAGGUCGAGUGAAUGCAAUCGGAUAUACUAUGGACGCGAUAAUAUUGCCACCAGAGAGUCGGGCCACUGAAAAGACAUUGCGAGAGGAGCUGAUCAAGAUCGACUUUGAUAAAAUCGCAAUCAAGUUUGAUGGCAUUAAAUGGCUAUUUAACCCUCCAGGAGCACCCCAUAUGGGCGGUGCUUGGGAAAGAUUAGUGCGGACUACAAAAACAGUCCUAAAAAACAUCUGCCCGAAUUACUCAUUCAACGACGAAAGCCUGAGGUGUGCUCUAAUGGAAGCACAGUUCAUCAUUAACUCACGUCCCUUAACUUUCGUCAGCCUGGACUCCGAGGACGACUCUGCGUUGACUCCGAACCACCUGCUAAUGGGUUCAUCGAACGGUUACAAGCCAAUCAAGGAAGAGAAGAUUAACCUAAGACGUCAUUGGAACGAGGUAAAACUCUUUGGAGAUCGCUUUUGGCAACGCUGGGUGAAGGAGUUUACACCAGUGCUCACUAGACGCACUAAAUGGUUUGAAAAGUGUCCCCCAAUAUCAGUUGGAAGCGUGGUCAUAAUCAUCGAUGAAAACUUGCCUAGAAAUCUAUGGCUUAAAGGACGCGUGAUCAACACUUUUCCUGCCAAGGACGGACAAGUUCGUCGAGCCACUAUUAAAACGCAGCAUGGAGUUCUCGAUCGACCAGCUACGAAGAUUGCGGUUCUAGAUGUCGGCUUAGAAGAUGGUAACUGA